AACGUUGAUUUAACAAGCAUUUAUCCUAAGGCAAAGGGGGUAACCAUCCGUACUAACACAUCUGCAUUUACCUAUGUUGAACCUAGCCCGACAACUCCUGAAGUAACCAUGCGCUCAGCGCUGUCUUUCUCUUUAGAUGUUCCUUCCUCGAAAUCAGAUGUUCUGUCAUCGAUACCUUUGAUUGCAGACUCCGCCAUUAAGAUCGAAAAGGUAGUUGGUGACAAUAUCUCUCCACAAUACCCCUUGGAGAAAGCAGGGUCCAGUGAGCCUACAUUUCCUGAUUAUUUCCGAACGAUAAAACCAUUAGAGAUUCCAGUGACCGUCACGUUUCCGACAACUGCUGGUUUGAAACCAUCGGGUCCACUACUAAUGAAUAGCAGAACGAUGCACACGAACGAAAAAGCGGAUCCAAAAGUACCAAUUCAACAACAUUAUGAAAAAUCCACCACAAAAUCAACGGUGACACUUUUACCUACGACAGUAAAGAUUGUGAUUGAUGAGUCGACACCAUACCCACAGCCGUCAAUGGUACAGGACCCGACAUACUACCCAUACAAGGAAGGUUAUAUGCACGACCACGGAACUGAAAAACUGUAUUCAGUUGAUAACACUGACUUGUUUUCCAACUAUAAUGAUGUAGUUCAUAUGCCUGGAAAGUUGUUAAAGCGAAUACGGAAAUCAAGCGAUUCGGAAUUCUCAAAAAGCUUUUGGCGUCCUUUAAGUACACGUCAUAGAGGUCAUAACCAGGCGACUGGAAUACCAAUAUUAAUGCAUUUAUUUUCUCCUACAGUUUCGGAACCUACAGUUCCGGAAAAGAAAAAAGUAAAACCGAUCGAAAAGACACAACAUACUGGUUUUAAGGGGCUCGCGAACCGUAUGGAAAUUAAAUCCAAAACCAGAUAUCAGCAGAAAACUAGAACUUUAUUUGAUGUAAGUAGACAUUUGCAAAUAGCGAAAGACCGCAAUACACCAGCUCCGCGUGUUGCAUUGAAAAGAAAGAAAGACCUGCCACACCCAAAGACCGGUUCAUAUACUUUUCCUCAACGUACAUUGAAAAUACCAACUUCAAAAAUAACCCCUAUCAAAGAAGAAGUAUCGCCAAAGAAAACUCAACUUCAUUCACAUUUAGGUAUCCAACAUCGGCGGGAAAGACCAACAAUCCUGCCACACCCAAAGACCAGUUCAUAUACUUUUCCUCAACGUACAUUGAAAAUACCAGCUUCAAAAAUAACCCCUAUCAAAGAAGAAGUAUCGCCAAAGAAAACUCAACUUCAUUCACAUUUAGGUAUCCAGCAUCGGCGGGAAAGACCAACAGUCACGUUAGAUAGGCGACCAACACAAACUUUUGGUACGAGAGGACGACAGGCAUCACAGAGUCACCCUGAAAUAUUUGGAAGAGGUGAACAAUCAGGCCCAAAAAUAAGUCCGAGAAGAGAUAAGAUAUUGAGGUCAGUAUUACCGCCAGUAGAUAAUAGAUUGUUCUCACAAAGAAUUAGUUUCCAACAGCAUGCAACCGGACGACACGUAGUCCCCAUGGAAUCCCCAAGACGUGGAACUACCAGGAAACAAAUUAAUUUGAGACAGCUUCCUAAAGGACCUAAUUACCAUGCUGCACCUGCCCAGCAACCUCCCUCAACAGGCCUGCUUCAAAAACAAACAAAUCGUUCUAAAGAAAACUCCGUUCAGAAAGUAGCUCCCAAAAUAUAUAUCCCUGGUAGUGAUCGUAUUACAAACACAAGAGACAGGAAGUCAGAUUUGUAUUCCAAAAAGAAGCCAAAGGUGUCUUCAGCUUUACAAGUAAAAGAGAAAACAACGAAAACUAACUACCAACUAUCUAAUAAAAUGACGUCAUCGCCUAUAGAUUUUAAGCAAUUAACAUUGGACAUUCUUCGGACCAUUCGUCCUGAUGUACAUUUAAAUGAACUGAUAAAGGAUUCAACCACGACAGCAACUACUACUAUUCAGAAUGGACAUAUUAUCACAAAGUCAAAGAAGGGCAAUAAUGAUAUAACGCAUGUUGAAACCAGAAUCAGUAAUGUAAGCCAUCCACAGUUUAUACAAACGCCAUUGCAGACAUCGCCGCUAACAACACCAAUUGUAACAACUUGGAAAUCUCGUAAUUUAAACACAAGAGACAGGAAGUUAGAGUUGAAUUCCAAAAAGAAGCCAAAAGUGUCUUCAGCUUUACAAGUGCCACAAAUAACAGCGAAAACAACGAAGACAAUCUCCAACAAAGAUAACUUAAAAGCUAAAACCAUAAAUAAAGUCAGUGUAAAAGCAUUUCAUCAAACUGUAGAAAAGUCAUUACCAAACGGUAUAAUAAUAUAUUCUGAAAAACCUGCAAUAUUUACCAAAACGACAACAAUCAAAGAACGGCAAACGGCAUCUACUCCUGCUACACAUUCUGUAAAACAGAGAACAGAAGUUCCGUACACAACAAUGAAGGAAACAACGGUAUUACAGAAAACUAACGACCAACUAUCUAAUAAAAUAACCUCAUCGUCUAUAGAUUUUAAGCAAUUAACAUUGGACAUUCUUCGGACCAUUCGUCCUGAUGUACAUUUAGAUGAACUGCUAAAGGAUUCAACUACGACAGCAACUACUGAUAUUCGGAAUGGAUAUAUUAUCACAAAGUCAAAGAAGGGGAAUAAAGAUAUAACUCAAGUUGAAACCAGAAUCAGUAAUGUAAGCCAUCCAGAGUUUACACAAACGCCAUUGCAGACAUCGCCGCUAACAACACCAAUUGUAACAACUUGGCAAUCAACAACUGAAAUAACCCCUAUGACAACACCGCAAACAACGACAGAAAUUAUAACAACACCGCAAACAACUACAGAAAUUAUAACAACCCCACAAACAACGACCCAAUCUACAACAACACCGCAAACAACUACAGAAAUUACAACAACACCGCAAACAACGACAGAAAUUAUAACAACACCGCAAACAACGACAGAAAUUAUAACAACCCCACAAACAACGACCCAAUCUACAACAACACCGCAAACAACGACAAAAAUUGUUAAAAAUCCGCAACCAACGAUCAAAGUUGUAACAACCCCGCAAACAACGACCCAAGUUGUGACGACUCCGCAGACAAUCACAGUAACCACAACGAAAACUCCAAAAUCAACAACAGUUUUCUCAACUCCGCAAACAACUACACCAGUUGUAACAAAUCCACAAACAACGACCAAAGUUGUUACAACUCCGAAACUAACUACAACAACAACAACCACAAGUCAAGUUGUAACGACUCAGCAAGUGACCAAACAAGUUGUAACAUCUCCGCAAACAACGUUAGAAGUGACGACUCCUCCGCUUAUAGCAGUUCCGGUUGAGACAAUUCUUCUUAGUACAACUAAAGCAACAACAACGAAAAACUCCCCGCAGGCAUUAACAUCAAUAAACAGUAAGAUGAUUAAUCCGAAAACAACUCCACAAGUUAUCACAUCAACUGAAGAAAGAAGGACACCACUUGUGACAACAGUGAAGGAGGCAGUGCCAUUAUCUUCGACAAUUCACCAGUUAUCCCCUGAUUUUACCACAAACAGAACCUCAGGGCACGACACUAACGAACAAGGCGUGUAUAAUAGUCAAAUGAACAGCAAGUCCGAGGUACAAUUAGUGCGAAUGACUGAUCCUCUCACUAAAACAUCAUUUUCAAAAUCGCCUAUUUUCCACCAACAGGAUACGAGGCGGAUUUCGUACAUAUCUUUACCUAACCCAGCAAGUUCUGCAAUGUAUAAACCCGUACAACCCGUAGCCAGCGUCAUUCAAACUCUCAGUAAAAAGGAAAUAAAGUCUGACAGAGAUAUUAUAAGAACUUAUCAGUCAUCGUUAAAACCCCGUCUGUUAUUGAGUCCCUCUUUAUCUAGGGGUGUACCGUCUCGGAAAACCAAUCAGCCAAACGUUAAUGGCCACCAAGAUCGCUCUCGUGAUGGUGUACUAACACAGGUAAACAAACGCAGGAACCAUCCAGAGGAUGUAUCGCAAUCGCAGCUUAAAAAAAGGGAACAACAAUCAUUUCGAUCCAAUAAUCAGCACAUAAUUUCAAACAAUACAGGACAAAAUAGCCAACAACAUCAGCAGCAACAGAGGAUACAAGAACAACAACUUUGGAAACGACGGUCUAAGCCACAGCGAAAUGACCAGAAACCAGUUCUACGAGAGUUCAGGUUUCCUGUCGACACUCACAGCCGAACGCGCAUUAUUAGGCAACAUCAGACACAGCAUCAGACAACUACGUCUCGAAACCAACAUCAAAAUGUUCAGCCAUCUAGAGUGGGUAUACCGAACCUUCAGCAACAGCAGCAGAUACAGCAGAAACACCAUCAACAACAACAAGUCGGUACCAACCCGUCACAAGACAAAUCGUCAAGGAACUCGCAAAGUUCAAAAUAUACCAACACAGCUUUUAUUACCACAACACUUCCUCCUGUCAAACAAAUUAAGCAGUUUCUUCAAACUUUCUUAGAAUCAUUGGACCUACAUAGUACUCAAUCAACAGAACAACAUCCAAAUUAUACAGGAUUGCCGCAACAACGCCUUAAUACUCAGCAAUUGUCAAUGCAAUCAACUAGACAUAGUCUCCCGUUUAGUUUGCAGACACGUACUGUAGGACCGACGCACGGCUCUGCAGUACGACCAACAAGUCUACACAAACAAAGUCAGUUGCAGUUGCCAUUGCAGCAAAAUGUACAUAAAAAGGCAAAUUUUAAAAGAAAAAGGAUGGAAUCGUUGUCGAGUUCAAUAAAAUUCGCAGAAACUAAUACAAAUCGGGCACUCCAGCAGUCUCCUACAGUUGUUACUAAUAAACCACAAACUACAAGUCGAACGAGACUUCGGAGCAUGCUGCCAUUGUUUACAAAAUUCCAUCCAUCAAAUUUGCCUUCUAAAAAUAUUAUUCAGGUAAUGCCGAGUAGGACAACUAUGCUUAGUACUACUACCACUGAUCCACCGACAACUGCUUCAAGCGUUAGCGUCAAAUCGUUAUUGAUGCAGCUGUUUAAAAAAGAGAUGCGAGACAGUAUUAAAGCUAUAAUGCCUCAUCAGCCGACAGUCACAACAGAAAGACCCACAACAACAACAGUACCUAUUACAACAACGACAUCUACUUCUGCGCCAACAACAACAACUGUGAAAAUAACAACUCCAGCAAGUGCCGAAUCAGCUGCUGGUCAAUGCGGAAGAGGUCAAACGAAGAAGUAUCAUUGUGAGGGCAGGGACAUGUUCUAUUCAAUGCCUUCCAUUGUACAUUGGUGUAUCGGCAUGUGCUUCAGAGGAGCAUGUAUAGAAUCGGUGUGUUCUUGUAAUGCUACUUGUGUUCUUACACCAGCAAAUUCGCAAGAAGAAGCGCUUGGGUCGGCCAUAUCAUCUGCGUUGACCGGAAAAUCGACAGAUACAGGAAGCAUAGAGUUAGCUCUUCAAUCCCUUCUAGCCACACUUGAGUUCGGGACGGCUGCCAGCCCUACUGCCGCAUCAAGAUUUACAUCCAGGCCUUAUACCAGUACAUUUGCUCCGACAAGUUCAUAUAUCUCGUACGAACAAUUUGUAUCUGAUCGAACAACGGUUUCAACAACAACCAAGCCGACUACCACAACUGUUCCUAGUAUCUCAGGUUUAUUAGCAUCAAUAGAAAAAUUGAUUGAAACAAAACUACGAAGCAUGAAACCCUCUACAACGAAGAGCCCCCUUUUGGACGCAGAGGGUGAGCUGAUAGAGGCGGAGGAUAUACCUACUACGACUACGUCAACUACUGUGCGGCACCCACCUACUCAACGCAGGCAUCCAACUUCUGUUCCGUAUUCUCAACUCAGAUAUCCGAAUUCUCAUCCAUCUUUUCAAAGAAGAUAUCCAACGUCUCCUCCUCCAACUCAACGUAGAUAUCCAACUUCUCCUCCAUCUGCUCGUCAUGAGCAACAGAGCGGUUGGGAAAGACGAGAUCAGCCAGCAUUUCAUAGACGUGACCACGCUCCAAUGUGGCACGACCGGGGAGACCAACCUAAAGAACAUAAAGACCCGUGGGGUCGCAGGUCCAGACCAGUUGAACGUCGUGAAUGGCAGGAUCCAUGGAAGGAUAGUCCUCCACGCAUGACAGAACCACCUCCAGAACAAAGAUGGGGUGAAGGAGGUGGUGUUGGUCGUGAUGGAGAUGGUCGUGGUGGAGAUGGUCGUGGUGGAGAUGGUCGUGGGGGAGGAGAUCAGUGGGGUCCCAGAGAAUUCAUCAGAAGAGAUGGUCCACCUCCUCGACACUUGGAUACAACACCACCGCCACGCGCAUGGCAGGAUAAUUGGCGUAGGGACCAAGGUCCACGGCGUGACUUGGGUCCCCCAGAAAGGGGCGGAUGGGGAGGAGACAGAACAACAGUUGACCCACUGUCACAGUGGGGGGACCGAGGGUUUCGGAGACGUCGUGGCAGAAGGUUUAGCAGAAGAAGUGCAUUUCAAGGCGGCGAAGAUGCUGAACCGGCAGAUUAAUGGAUCCCAACACUGAUUUGAGGAACCAUCGCGAUAACAGAUUGUGGGCGAGAGGUUAACUGUGGGGUAUAACGUCUUUGUGAAAUCUACGUUAUGUACGUGCUUGUUUGUAUCGUAAUCAGUAUUAACGUUGUUAAGGUGAAAACAAAAACAUUAUUACUCUGUAGUAUUAUUUGUGUAGCAUUGUUGUUCACCCUUAGUGAUACGAUUUAUCUACAAAUCCUGUUUGGUAGAACAAGCUUUAUUUUACCGUAGAUUUCGUGAGGAAGGAGACCUCAACGUGCAAAUGACAUAACUGAUUUUAUUUCGCGUGUUUUUUUAUCAGACUGUGCAUACAUGACGUAAGCAACUGUUGUAAAAACUAUUUUGUGAACUGUGAAUAUAAAAAAUGCAAACGAGAUUACUGUCCAAAUGACUAAAUAUGUCGAAUGCAUUCUACAAUACGUAUGUAUUUCAAAAGUAUGACAGAAUAUUGAUGUUUUGCAUGAUUGUGGAGCACGUUUUAAAAAUAUAGGUACACUUUUCUAUACUAAUGAAAUAUAUAUCUUUUUUUCAAGGGACACAAUUGCCUUUUCUAUUUAUCACAUUUUAACAGUAAGAUGCUGCAUCAGAAAAGUCGGAAUAAUUUUAUCGCAAUGUACAUGCCAAGGUAGAACGAUGUAACGCUUGACAACAAGGCAACAUGUCAUUUUAAAUGGGUUAAUUAACGCCAUUUUGUCAUUUUCUGCUAUUAUUCGAUUAUAUAUAUAAAAAAUAACGUAAAUUGUGAAUUAAUGUAAAUGUCUCAAUUAUUGCCAAGGAGUAUCAAAACAACCACUUAUUCUGCCGUCGCUUCAUCUGAUCUUGAAAAUAAAAAUCAACAAAUUUUAAGAAACAACAUUUCUGUCAACUUCACUGUAGUGAAGAUUUAUUUUUAUCAAAUGGAUAUUUUCUGAUAUUUCAUCAGUAACAAAUGUAAAAGAUGGAGAAAACUCAAUGCGAAUAAGUUCAUAACAAAAUUGAAAUGAGUUCUAUUCAUGACAACAGAAAACUUUCUUUGCAAGGUAAAUUGUAUAUAAAGGGAGACAAAUCGUUCAUUCGUACACGUAGCUUUACAAUAGCAUCACAGAUUGCUACACAAAGAGGAUAAAGGAGCACGAACUAUUUAUUUCCAUUGACUACACCAAAGUGUACUGUCACGCAAGCGUUACAUGUAUUUAUAUCAAUGGACGACAUCGAAUAAUAUGUUUACUACAUUAAUGUGUGACUCAAUGGACAAGCGUUUUCUUGUUGUAACAUUUUUUUACUAGCUUGAUACCAUGAUAUUUACGUGGCGUCAUAUAAGUUGGCUAUGGCAUUGUUUUAAAUUUUCCGCCUUACAUGUAGAUGGUGAAAUUUUUCGAAACGAUGUUUACCUCGAUUACGUGGAAACAAAGUUAUAUAAUAGCUCUAAAAUUAGACCUUGCAUUAUUUAUUUGGUAGUAUUAGACAAAUAUGUGGGUUGUCGUCCUUUGUGUUAUGCCAUCGAUGAUUUCAGUCAUAAAAAAAGUAGUUACGUUUUAAACGUUAGAAAAAGAUUAUUGUUUUGUCAAACAGCUAUAAAAAAACAUUUUUUUUCAUAAUUUAUUUACCUUUAUCAUAUAUUUAUUAUGACAUUCAAUAGAAUAGUACUUUUUGUAACGUAAUAUACAUACAGUGUACAUGAACGAAAACACAUAGUAUGACGUCAACAAGGUGUAAAUGAUGAUGUCAGUAAUUUCCUUUUAAAGGCAAAAUAAUUGAUGAUUUCUUAGUACUUGCUUGUAAAUAUUUACAAAUGUGUUGUGAUUGUAAAUAUGAUAUUUGUUUGGGUAUUGAUUAAAUAAAAUCUAAAGCUCGCUUCAAAUCCAUGUGAUUUUGAAAAUGAAAUCUGUGCAAUGUCUUGCAAAUAUUCAUAUGAGAGCUUGUUUACGAGUCAAAUGAAUUUUAAUUGAAAUUUGAUAAUAAAACAUACCU